GUUAUUGGAAUGGAACUGAAUAAAUUUGAUUCUUUUUCUCCAUCAUUAAUGUUAAAGAUCACAUUUUUAUUACUGAAUUUUGAGUUUUUUCAGUUAUUGGAGUGGAACUGAAUAAAUUUGAUAGACAACUUGUAAAAUUUUUUUAAAACAAUUUUAUGAAGUUAAUUAUGCUUUUAAGUUUUGGAAUAAAAUAAUUGUGUUUUGAAGUUGUUAUGUUGAAGUACUCUGCUUUGUGUGUUAUAAUCAUUAGAAUUGUCACUGUUUUGAGGUUAAUGAAGUAAAAUAUUAUUUGCUGAUUUUUUUUUUUUAGUUAUUGGGAUGGAAUUAAUAAAUUUGAUUAGUUUUCCACAUCAUUAAUGUUACAGAUCAAAUUUUUAUUGCUGAAUUUUGAGUUUUCAGUUUGGGAUGGAAGUCAAAUAAAAUUUAUUUGCUGAAUUGUUGGUUGUCAGUUUUUUUCUUCCUUUUUUAACAUCUUUUCGAAGUUAAUUAUGCUUAUAAGUUUUGAAAAAAACAUUGUGUUUUGAAGUUGUUAUGGUGAAAUACUCUGCUUUUGUGUGUUAAUCAUUAGAAUUCUCAUUGUUUUGAGGCUAAUCAAGUGAAUUUUAUUUGCUGAAUUGUUGGUUUUUAGUUAUUGGGACGGAAUUAAUAAAUUUGAUUUGUUUUCCCCAUCAUUAAUGUUAAAGAUCAAUUUUUUAUUACUGAAUUUUGAGUUUUUUUUCAGUUAUUGGAAUGGAACUGAAUAAAUUUGAUUCUUUUUCUCCAUCUUUAAUGUUAAAGAUCAAAAUUUUAUUACUGAAUUUUGAGUUUUCAGUUAUUGGGAUGGAAGUCGAAAAGACUUUUUGUUUUCUACGUGAUCUGAUUGUCCAAACCUCAUUUUUUAACUUGUAAGCAUUUUAAAUCAAUUGAUUUUAGAAUAAAUCCUAAAACAAAAUCAGUUAUCCAAAAUAGGCUUCAGUUUUAUUCAGAGUGAUAAUUGAAGAUUUUAGAAAUGGAGUAGUGAAAUCGGUUGUUGAGAAUGGGAAAUGAGGGUGAAGUGCCCUUUUUUUUUUUUUUUUUUUGUGUCGUGCGGCAUUUUCCCAUUCGAUAAAAUUACUAAAUAUAGAAAUUUAUUCUUUUUGGGACUGACUAAAAAGGAAAUAGUGCCACAUAAAUUGGGACUAAGGGAGUGUAAUUAAUCAUGUUGAGGAUAUAAACUCAUUGUUUAUGAAAAGCAAUUGAAAAGAGAGUCUCACUGGAUGAUGUAAACUCUGUUAAUGGACUUCAGACACAACUUGUCCCCAAGAGUGCAUCAUGCAUGUUUUCUGUUUGUUCUUUUGAAAUCUAUAUGUAUUAAUCAGUAUGUCGCUACUAAGUUAAUCAUUUGUUUGAGCAGUUGCUAAUUUUUCUUUCGGAGCUUAUAAACACUAAGUUUUCAGACUAAUUAGCUGCUGAAUUGGUAUUCUUCUAUACUAUUUUUAUCUUCAGAGGGAUAAAUUCUUUUUGUUUGAUGAAUUGAUGUCCUUUUGCUGCAGUGGUGUUGAUAAUAUAGAGAGAGCGAUUCAUUGAGGUGAUUGUCCAUCAUGGAUUGCAACUGCUUUGAUCCACAAUGGCCCGCUGAUGAGUUGUUAAUGAGAAAUCGGCUGUUUUUCCCUAUCGAUGGGUGCUCGUGCAAUUUGGUGCUUUCAUAAUUCUCUGUGGAGCAACACAUCUUAUCAACUUAUGGACAUCUACCACCCAUACGAGGACUGUGGCAAUAGUGAUGACUAUCGCUAAGGUCUUUACUGCUGCGGUAUCAUGUGCAACUGCUGCCAUGCUUGUGCACAUUAUUCCGGAUCUAUUAAGUGUCAAAACUAGGGAGCUCUUCUUGAAAAACAAAGCGGCGGAGCUUGAUCGUGAAAUGGGUCUUAUUCGGACACAGGAGGAGACAGGUAGAUAUGUUAGAAUGCUAACGCAUGAAAUUAGAAGUACUCUGGAUAGACAUACUAUUUUGAAGACUACACUUGUUGAACUUGGAAGAGCAUUGGGACUGGAAGAGUGUGCAUUGUGGAUGCCAACUCGAACUGGACUGGAGCUUCAACUUUCUUAUACUCUACAUCAUCAAAAUCCAGUUGGAUUUACAGUACCAACACAACUUCCUGUAAUUAAUCAAGUUUUCAGUACAAAUCGUGCUGUUAAAAUUUCACCAAAUUCUCCCGUUGCAAGGCUUCGACCUGCCGAGAAGUACAUGCCAGGUGAGGUGGUUGCUGUUAGGGUCCCACUUCUGCAUCUCUCAAAUUUUCAGAUUAACGAUUGGCCUGAACUUUCUACGAAGCGCUAUGCUUUGAUGGUUUUGAUGCUUCCUUCCGAUAGUGCAAGACAAUGGCAUGUCCAUGAAUUGGAGCUUGUUGAAGUGGUAGCUGAUCAGGUAGCUGUUGCUCUCUCACAUGCUGCCAUCUUGGAGGAAUCAAUGAGGGCUCGGGAUCUUCUUAUGGAGCAGAAUGUGGCUCUUGAUCUGGCAAGAAGAGAAGCAGAAAUGGCUGUUCGUGCGCGUAAUGAUUUCCUGUCUGUUAUGAAUCAUGAAAUGAGAACUCCCAUGCAUGCAAUAAUUGCACUUUCAUCUUUGCUGCAAGAAAGUGAGCUGACACUGGAGCAGCGUCUGAUGGUGGAAACAAUCCUUAAGAGCAGCAACCUUUUAGCAACCCUUAUCAAUGAUGUCUUGGAUCUUUCAAGGCUAGAGGAUGGAAGCCUUCAACUAGACGUUGGGACUUUCAAUCUUCAUGCUCUCUUCAGAGAGGUCCUUAACUUAAUCAAGCCUAUUGCAUAUGUGAAAAAGCUGUUUGUUACGCUUAGUUUAUCUUCAGAUUUGCCGGAAUUUGCUAUUGGAGAUGAGAAACGGCUUAUGCAAAUUCUUCUAAAUGUUGUUGGUAAUGCUGUAAAAUUCUCAAAAGAAGGCAGUGUGUCAAUUUCUGCUGUUGCUGCAAAACCAGAAUCUUUAAAAGAUCCUCCCAAGUUGUUUCCUGUGCAAAGUGAGAAUCACUUCUAUUUACGUGUGCAGGUAAAAGAUACAGGAUCAGGCAUUAGUCCUCAGGAUAUCCCCAAGCUGUUCUGUAAAUUUGCGGAAAACCAGACACUAGCAACUAAAAAUUCCGGUGGCACUGGGCUUGGCCUUGCAAUUUGUAAGAGGUUUGUUAAUCUUAUGGAAGGACAUAUUUGGAUUGAAAGUGAAGGUCUCGGCAAGGGGUCUACUGCUAUAUUUAUAGUUAAACUUGGCAUUCCUGGCCGCUCAAAUGAGUCUAAGCUUCCCUUUAUGCCCAGAUUGCCUGCAAAUCACAUGCCGAUGGCUUUUAAAGGACUAAAGGUCUUGGUUAUGGAUGAUAAUGGGUUUAGUAGGAUGGUAACCAAGAGUCUGCUAGUGCACCUAGGGUGCGAUGUAACAACUGUUGGUUCUGGUGAUGAGUGCUUGAGAGUUCUUAGUCAGGAACACAAAGUAAUAUUCAUGGACGUGAGGAUACCAGGUAUAGACUGUUAUGAAGUUGCUGUAAAGAUACAUGAGAAAUUUGGGAAACGUCACGACAGGCCACUGAUUGUGGCAGUAACGGGGAACACUGACCGAGUGACAAAAGACAACUGCCUGAGAGUUGGCAUGGAUGGAGUUAUUCUGAAACCUGUUUCAGUUGACAAAAUGAGAAGUGUUUUAUCCGAGCUUUUAGAGCAUGGAGUUGUUCGUCAAUCCCAGUGAAAGAGUAAAUGUUUGUCAAGACCUGAUACGCUCAAAUGCAAGAGUGUUGUUGUAAAUGCAUUUCUCGGCUUUUGGGCAAAAUGAAGAGUUGUUCACAAUGAUGGCGCAAUAUGCUAAUUGCAGGUUCAAAUAUAUUGUAGAAAUUAAAGUGGUUUCACGAUGAUGUAAUUGUCAAUAGAACUGUAUAAAGAAUUAGUUAGUUCUACAUCUGUGAAUAUGAAGGAGAAGGGGUUAGUGUUUCCUGGAAGGUUGGAGCAAGCAUGUUUAAUCCUCUCUUCUUUUUGGGGGUGCUAAAAUAAUUGAAAACAUUUGUAUAAAUGUAUAUGACAUGUAUGACCUUAGCCUGAAAAUUGGAGCAAAAGUUGAGUUUCGUUUUGCUCAUAAA